AAAUGUGCAAAUGUCGCGAACAAGCAGUGGAUAUCAUUCUGAUGAAUGUGAUUAUUGAAAAUUUGUCUUUCUCUACUGCUUUCUGAGCGAUUUUAAAGCGAUUUCUUGAUAUUCAAGAGUUUAGUAUUAAUAUAAGUGAUAUAGGAUGGCUCAAGGAAGUUUUUCAGGCGAAACUCGGAUGCUUUCGCGCUCAAUGGAGCAAAUGUGUGUCAACACACCGGUGGGGAAGAAGGCAACGAAGCGCAAUGGCGAUUCGUUUGAAAGCGAUUUAUCCGCACCGUUAAGUCCUCCACAGACUAUCGACACGAAGCAGAAGAGAGAAAGAAGCGAGUCGUUAAUGCUUUGCCACACAAACGACAUGGUAGCGACGAAACGGAGACUUCGUAGCCGAUCAAGGCUUGACCUUGGACCUGAAGACAUUCCUUCUGCAUACAUGAGUCCACCAUGCAGCUCAAAAACACGAGAUCGAGCACAGAGCAGGUCACACAACCAAAAUGAAAUGUUUUGUCAUCCUGAAGAAUUUACCAAGUGUCUGGCAUUUAACGUUGAAGCGAGUUCAGUUUACAUGACUCCAGCGUCUGAGCCUAGAGAGCCUUUGCAAGAUAAAGACAUGAACAAAAUAGAUCCUGAAAAUUUAUCUAGUUUUCAUCAAGAAUUAUGCCAAAGCGACAGUAGUAGCGAUGAAGAGACAAUUCCAUGUCUGGAAGAUAAAACUCGACUAAAACUAAAUUUUGACCAGUAUGCCGCAGAGGCAUUACCCCAGGGUAAGCCGGCGGCCAGCUUGGCUAUCACUCCGGAUCAUAGCAAAAUUAUUGGCAGGCGUAUGGGUGAUAAGAAACUGGAUUUUAUCAAAGAACUUGUGAAUAUGAAUUGUGAAGAGAUUUGUAAGCAGAUAUUUUGUAACUUGGAACCACGUGAUCUGCAAAGGUAAUUUUGUUUUUGUGCAUGUGGGGAGGAAAUGCCUGUAUUUGCAUCAAAUAAUUGUCUACUCUAAUGUGAAACUUAGAUGUAUGAAAUGCUCUUGACAAGCAUUCAUGGUAAUUGGUUCAUGUGUGAAUAGACCAUGUUUUCAUCUGUGACUGUUCAUCUUCAGAUACCAAUUGGUCAUUCCAGAAAAGAUCCACCCCCCCUGUGAAACAGUAAAUGUUUGUGAAAUUGUAAAUUGGUAAAUGGUUUAAUUGAUGCAUCAUUUUGUAUUUUUGCAGAGUUGCUUCCGUAUCAAAACUUUGGAGAAGGAUAUGUAAAAAAGAUCGGAUUGCCUCUCCAAGGCUUGAUCAGUUUAUUUCUGGUCGAAAGCAACAUGUUAUGCGGAAAGGAAAGGUAUUCUGUCUAUGUGUAUAAAUAAAGCAUUAAAUGAUGAACUAGCUACCAGGCAUGAUUUGUCAUUUGACCAUGCUAAAUAGGGUAUAAGUAUAAAUCAGCCCAAUAUUUCCACAUCUGUGUUAAAUUAAUGAUGUUAAAUUUGACUUUAGGAGAAUUUGGGCCAUCAUACAAAGUUUGACUACUCAGUUCCUCCAAGACAUCCAUUCUCUGUGAAGGACCACAACACAAUAUGGACACCAGAUCAGAAACAAUUGACUACCGCAAUCGAGGCAGUGAAAACGAACAUUUUGUUAACUUAUGACAGAAUCAAAUGUCCAUUGUGUGGCUCGCCAUCAAGAAAAUCUGCAAACGACAUGUGUGAAUGUGAUGAAUGCAAAGAAAUCUUCUGUAGUCUAUGCCAGCAUAAAGUCGACAAAAAUCACAAAAGUGGAAAAUGUGGCAUUAAAAUGACUAAAUCGAAAAAUGUUAAAGGCAAAGAGCCCAUUGGGUCAAAAAAGAGCAAAGAUCGCCUCAAAAGAUAUUAGUACAUUAAAUACAGUUAGGAAAAUUUAAAAAAUCGUAGUGUAGAUAGACUUUUUUUCAAUUGUAGUUAUCUAAAAAAAUUUCCAAAACAAAUUUCAUAAUGUAGUUGAAACAUACCAUAGAAAAAUAAUUUAUAUUUAGUUUGGUAUAGUUAUUCUGAUUGUUUUAGAAAUUGCAGAAUGUGCAUAGUUUGAAAAAAAUUUAACACAUACCAGCAAAUUCGCCCAUCAAAAACCGAGCUGGAAUAGGUUGAAAAUUACCAUUCUAUGUCAGUCUAAAAACCAGCGUUUUACUGUUAUUAUUUUCAGUGAAAACUAAUUUAUGAAUUUAACCUGGAUGGCAUUCUUUAAUUUCUAAAAUAGUCGUGCAGUUUACAUGUUUGCUUUUUAGCAGACACCUAUUUUAAUUAUUUGGAUUCAUAAAAUAUUUUUUCUUAUUUAAUUUUAUUUGUUAGCCAUGGUAUUUAUUUAAAACAACUAGUAGUGCCGUCCUGUAUGCUAG